AUGGGAGGAGCCUGAACCGGUAAACUUUUUCAACUUCGCAGCAACUUUCUUCAGCGUCUGUAUCAGGCUCCCUACCGCCGCGACAUGCGUCGUUCCAGUAUCUAGCAAUGAGAAACUCGAGCUCCAAAUAAUGUGAUGGCCACACCUACGACGUGGUGGCUUCUCCCCGUCUUGCUGGUCACCUCGCCGUGCUGUUGUUGUUCUUCUCCAGGUCCCCCCGCUCCUCCGUUUAACCUCAAGUGCUACAGACCAUGUGAUUCGAAGGGCUGUUUAGAUAUAAAAUGUGAAUGGGAGCCAAAGCCACACCCUGAUAUCGCCACUAACUACACCCUCUACUGGAAGCCAGAAAAUCAAGAGGAUGAGCAUGUGACAAGUAGCAGUAGCUCAGAUGGGUUUAUCCGUCGUGAAAACUUUGAGAGCCACGGAGUACUCCGCGUUUGGGUCCAGGCUCGGAACGAGUUUGGUUCCGUUGAAUCUCAGGAAUUCGUUUUCCAUACUCACAACAUCACCAAGCCGGCGCCUCCUACGUUCACAUCGAGCCAUCACGAUCCGUUAGAGAUUUAUUGGGAGACCAUCUGUGGCGGGCUGCAGCUUAGUGUCGGACCCUGCAACGUUAGAUAUCAUACUGAGGAUGACCAACGCUGGAUUGAGGAUGAAGAUCAUUUCAGUGGAAGCUAUGAAAUCAGGGAGCCUCAGCCCAACGCGGUCUAUGAAUUUCAGGUCCGCUGUCAGUGUGACCCAAGCCUGAUGAGCGACUGGAGUGCAAGCUACAGAAUAAGAAGCGCAGAAGCGGCCCCGGUGGGAGAAGUGGAUGCAUGGUGGGACUGUGGGCUGCAGCUGCCGACCUUGGACUGUUUUCUGAACUGGAAGAAUCUUUCUCUUUCUCAGGCGCGAGGACACAUUCUGGGAUACGAAGUCACAGUUUUCUACAGUAACGGCACCGUACAGCUGAUGAAUGUGUCCGCAGACAACCCGAGCAGUUUCUUUUUCUAUGAGGAUGGGAAAUGGCGUCUCACUUCUUCUCUGAAGGAUGUGUCAUCCGUUAGUCUGUCAGCCUACAAUGCUCUCGGUGCUACAAAAGCUUCUCCUCUGCCUAUGCCAACACCAGGUAAACAAGAAAACGCUCCAACAAUUUACCUUGAGAUGACCGAAGAAAACCUCACCGUGUCCUGGAACCAGCCCGCUGAGUUCUACGACGGCGUCAAACAGUAUGUGGUGCAAUACAGAGAGUGUCUACCUGGAAACGGAUUUGACUGGAUCAGAGUGGACAAAAAUCAGACAAGGGCCUUUUUUAAAGGUGCAUUUAAGAAGUACACAUCAUACCAAGUGUCAUUGUUUGUAGUGUCAAACUUGAACAAAGUCAGUCAGGUUGCAACAGCCAGAGGAUAUUCUGCUCAGAGAGUUCCCUCCAAAGUGCCUUCAUUCAAGGCGUCCCAUAUUGCUGGCACUAAGGUGACUCUGUCUUGGGAGCCUUUUCCCUGCUCCAAUCAGAGUGGGAUCAUCUUGUACUACCAAAUAGGAGUGAACACACAGAAAGUGUACAACGUAAACGCGACCCCAGAUCAUGGAAGCAUGACGUACAAGCUGGAUCUAAGUCCGGGUCAGGAGUACACCAUCUGGAUAAGAGCGGUGACCGUGGCUGGGCCCGGUGAGAAGGCCACCACAACGUUUAAAAUUAAUCACCACGAAGGCUACGAGUAUUUAAUUCCCGUUGUGCUCAUUUUGCUGUUGGUGAUCGUCAUAUGCUCUUUUGGUUGGGUAGUAUGUGUUUUCCAAAGAGGCAAUAAAAUGGGACCACUUGUACCUCAGUGUCUUUACAACAAAGUGCCAGAUCCCAGCAACAGCCGAAUAUUCAAGCAGAUGAAGGACCAGAUUAACGAGCCUCUGACUUGGAUCUGUGGUCCUCUCUAUGAACCGUAUCCUAAGAUCUCCGUUUUGGAAGUUGUGGAAAUAGUGCCCAAGGUAUUUGACUCCGACGAGAUAAAGAAGGAGACUGGCUGUUUCCAGAUGGAGUGUCAGGAUGAUCAAAAGGCGGAUCCUGUGACAGAAAAGGUUAAUCGCACAGACAGCCGCAGCGGGAGAAAGGAGUACAGUAAGAUGGUUGACUCUGAUGAAGAGAAGAAUGAUAGUUGGAGCUCAUCAGAGGAAGAACAGUCUACCUCCGGGUAUGAAAAGCACUUCAUGCCCUCUGCUUCGGAAAUAAUGGUGGAGUGACUCAGGAUUAUGGACAUUCGUUUUCAGGGUUUGCAUGUUUUCCUAUUUUUGUAUUUUGUUUUUGAUGAACGUGUGUUUUGUAUAUGAUGAGGUUUUGUUAAAAAGCUCUUUGUCACCGCAGGAAAGACUCAAGACAAACAGCUCCAGCUUUUCUGAUUUGUGACCUCCACCUUUUUAUGUUGUUUCUUCUGAUGUUUUCAUGUUAUAAAUCUGAUUACAUAAAAAAAGUCCCUUUUGAUGGGUACCUCUUCCUA